AUGUGCUCCUGUGGACCAGGGCUGGCCGAAGCGUCGGCCCGCCCCUCCUGCGGUCAGUGCAACUCUUUCUCCUUGAGCAAUGAACACAGCCACUCCCAGAUAAGUGAACUUUCCUGGAAGGAUAUUACCAAUGCCUUAUCCCUGGCCAACAUGGUCCUGGGGCUCUUCUCCAUCUUCUGCAGCUUCAGCAGGAAAUCCCAGUGUGCCUCCUGGAUGCUUCUGAUCAGCUUCCUGUUAGACACCAUCAUCGGGACGAUGACCAGACACCUCCAUGUCUGCUCCAAGUUGGGAGCUGAGCUGAACGAUUUUGCUGUCUUCACCACCUUCGGCUUGGCCUCGGCCCUGCUCCUAGGCGUGGAUGGGCCUCUGAAUGGGUUCCUGGCCAUCAUCUAUGUGUUAGCCGCUUCUUUCCGCCUGUGCUUUUGUCCGACUGGAGGAGCACCCGUGUCCUACAAGGGGCUGCCCUGCCCCUACGCUUCCUGCGUCCUGGCUUCCACCUCGCUCCUGACCAAAGGCAACACCUUCAUCCUCGGCUGCAUGGCCUCGCUGAUGAUCCUCUUCAUGAUCGACCAGAGCUCCUAUCCCCACGACGAGAUCCUGGAGUCGGAGAGCUGGAAGAAGGUGGUGUACAUGGGAGGUGUCAUCAUGAUGUUCUUCUCCCCGUUCUCUCUCACUGCUUUUUACUGCCUCCUGUGGUCGCUCUCCUACAUCUUCUUCCCGGAUGCCCUGUGGGGCAAGGCGGUCUGUCUCAGGCUAUAG